UCGUAGCGAGGGGAGGGGAAAAAGACGACCCCGAAUCGCCUUAAGACAGUGGGUGUUCUUGUCGUGCGCUUCACCGUUUGUCUUGUUGGACCCGGAGACCCCACAUAUCCAGAUCUGCAAGCUUCCUCCUCCUCCUUCCUCCUGAUCCUUUAGCUUCCUAUAUACGAUUCCACCAUCGAAGGCCAGGGCCCAGACUUGCUUGCCGCAGGUUACUGAUCCACCGAAGGAGGGAGGCGCCCGCCCGCCGCCAUGGCCGAGGUGACGGUGGUCCGUGCGGAGCGCGAGGAGGAGUCCACCCUGGAGCAGGGUCUCCUCGCCAUCCCGGAGGAAUCCAACCAACUUACAUACACUGGAGAUGGAUCUGUCGACUUUUCUGGGAAUCCUGUUGUGAAGGAGAGAACUGGUAGAUGGAGGGCAUGCCCAUUUAUCUUAGGUAAUGAGUGCUGUGAGCGGUUGGCCUAUUAUGGAAUCUCCACAAACCUUGUUACAUACUUGACAAAGAAACUGCAUGAUGGUAAUGCUUCUGCUGCUAGCAAUGUGACUGCAUGGCAGGGAACUUGCUACUUAACUCCCCUUAUUGGAGCUAUACUGGCUGAUGCAUACUGGGGAAGGUAUUGGACUAUUGCAACAUUCUCCACGAUAUACUUCAUUGGGAUGGCUGUACUGACUCUUUCAGCAUCAGUUCCUACAUUCAUGCCUCCACCUUGCGAAGGGUCCUUUUGCCCACCAGCAAAUCCAUUGCAGUAUACUGUCUUUUUUCUUGGACUUUACCUAAUUGCUCUUGGUACUGGUGGUAUUAAGCCCUGUGUCUCAUCCUUUGGAGCAGAUCAAUUUGAUGAUACAGACCCAGUUGAGCGAAUCCAGAAGGGAUCUUUCUUUAACUGGUUCUAUUUCUCAAUAAACAUUGGUGCUCUCAUAUCAAGCAGUUUUCUGGUUUGGGUGCAAGACAAUAUAGGAUGGGGAAUAGGCUUUGGCAUUCCAACAAUUUUCAUGGGGCUGGCCAUCAUAAGUUUCUUCUCUGGAACAUCACUUUAUAGAUUCCAAAAGCCAGGCGGCAGUCCUAUUACACGAGUAUGCCAGGUGGUUGUUGCCUCCUUUCGCAAGUGGAACGUACAUGUUCCAGAGGAUAGCUCUCGCUUGUAUGAGUUGCCUGAUGGGGCUUCAGCAAUUGAAGGGAGUCGGCAAUUGGAGCACACCGAUGAACUCAGAUGUCUGGACAAAGCUGCUACAAUUACUGAUCUUGAUGUGAAAGCAGAUAGCUUUACAAACCCAUGGCGAAUAUGCACUGUGACUCAGGUGGAAGAACUGAAGAUAUUGGUAAGGAUGUUCCCUGUCUGGGCAACGACUAUUGUGUUUUCUGCUGUCUAUGCUCAGAUGUCCACCAUGUUUGUUGAGCAAGGGAUGAUGCUUGAUACAUCAGUAGGUCCAUUCAAGAUUCCUCCAGCAUCUCUAUCUACCUUUGAUGUGGUAAGUGUCAUUAUAUGGGUCCCCCUCUAUGAUAGUAUCUUGGUUCCAAUAGCUAGGAGGUUCACUGGCAACCCGAGGGGCUUUACAGAGUUACAGAGGAUGGGGAUUGGUUUGGUAAUCUCAAUCUUUUCGAUGGCGGCAGCUGCAGUUCUUGAGAUUAAAAGGUUGGACAUUGCAAGGGCUGAACAUUUGGUGGAUCAAAAUGUUCCAGUACCACUGAACAUCUGCUGGCAAAUUCCUCAAUAUUUCUUGGUUGGUGCCUCAGAGGUCUUCACAUUUGUCGGGUCACUUGAGUUCUUCUAUGAUCAAUCACCGGAUGCCAUGAGGAGCCUCUGCAGCGCACUGCAGCUUGUCACAACAGCUCUUGGGAAUUAUCUCAGUGCAUUCAUUUUGACAUUGGUUGCGUACUUCACAACAAGAGGAGGAAAUCCUGGAUGGAUUCCUGAUAACUUGAAUCAAGGUCACCUAGAUUAUUUCUUCUGGCUUCUUGCUGGGCUCAGUUUUCUGAACUUUGUGAUAUAUGUCAUCUGCGCAAACAAAUACAAAAGCAAGAAAGCAGCUUGAGCUAAUCAGGAGUUAAAAGACUGUCGUCAUGGGAAUUUCACUUCAAAAUUCUGUAUAUAUGUGCACAAAGUACAUGUUGAAGCAGCGACCGUAACAAGAGAACUUUAACCAUCCUGUACUCUGUAUUUGAUGCUACUAUACAUUUUAUACUUUUUGUUCUGUAGAUAUUAAUUUAUUGAAGCUACUUGUGGAAUGUAGCUUUGCUUCCAAUGCGUCUACUUAAUCUGGUAUAUCUGAUUAACUUC